GCAGGGGGCGCGUUACUCUCCCUCGCAGGAGGGGUUGUCCUCUCUGCAAUCAGCAUCGGACAGCAGCCGAGCCGCUCUUCGUCUUUAAAAGCUGCUGGAAACACACGCACGCACUCACCUGCUGCUGAUAACCGAGCUACGAUGUUCUGCAGGCGGGCGUUCCAGAGAGUCGGGCCGCUGGCGCGGAGGGCGUUCAGGCCAACGUCCAGGAAUGCUCCAGUGCGACACAUGGCCUUCGGGGUCCCUGGUGGCUCCUCCAACAUGGCGUACAUUGUCCUGUGUGGCGGAGGCGUCACUGCCGCAGUCGUCUAUGCCUACAAGACGGUCGGCGGCAACGGUGAGCGCCAUGAGGACCGACUCGCCACCAUGGCCGUCAUAGAAAAGGCACCGGAAGUUGCCGCUCCUGCAGCUGAACCCGCCGCAUUGGAGGAGGCAGCGCCGACCCCCGAGGUCCUGGCUGAGGUUGUUGAGGAGUCUGGCCCUGCUCCUGCCGAACCAGUAGCCGAGGCUGCUGCUGAACCCGACGUGCUUGCAGAGUCCAUCCCUGCAGAACCAGUAGCAGAGACCGCUCCCGAACCUGCCGUCGAGGCGGUGUCUGAAGAAGAAGCUGCAGCCGAGGUGGUCGUUGCAGAGCCGGCACCGACAGAAGAAGCCGCUCCAGCUGCCGUGGAAGAUGAGUCUGCUGCCACCGUGGAGGUUGCUGCCACCGAGGAGACGCCGGCAGAGGCCCCUGCAGCAGAAGCCCACUUGGCAGAAAGUGCUGAGUCCUUGCCUGAUCUGCUCACAGCAGUGAAAGUCUUGGCUGGCCCUCCGAUUGAGAUAGCGGCAGCUUCUGUUGAGAACAGUCUGGUGGAAGGUUUGGACUUUCCACUGAAGGUGGUCGAACCAGAAGCUGUGGAAGCGACCACAGAGGAGGUAGCCAAAGAAGCUCAAGAGGUGACCAUGGUGAACGAGGAGGAGUCGAAGCCUGCAGAUGCUGAACAGCUGGUUGAAGAAGGGACAGCUGCCAGUGUAGAGGCAGCGCUGGAGGAGGAGGUGGCUGCGUCUCUGUCUGAGGAAGCUACAACUUCAGUCCUGGCUGUGGAGGAGGAGGAGGGGGAGAAGGAGGAGGAGGUCCAGUCUGAAGACCAGACUGCAGACUCUGCAGCUGUCCGGGAGGAAGCCGCCGCCUCUUCUGAUACCCCACCUGAAGAUGCUGCUCCUGCUGAGGAGGCCACCACUGCUGCUGAAGCUGCUCCUCUGGAUGACACGCCGCCCGAUGCGGAGACAUGGGUGGAUGACGUAGCAGCCGAAGCUUUGGCAGCAACGCAUAGUGAAGCUGCAGCAGUCGUAGAUGCGAGUCAGCUGGCAGCAGCCUCCUCCGGGUCAGACCUGGAGGUGCUCUCAGCUGCUGGACCAGGAGCUACGUCAGAAGCUCCAGGGCAAGAGUCCAAGCGCUGCCACUCUUGCCACUCUGCUCCAUCAAUAGCCGUCGAAGUGGCGCCACCUGCUGCUUUGGGAGUGCAGCCGUCCGGUGAGGAAGAUGUGGAUGUUGCAGAGGAGGUCAAGGAGGCAGAGUCCCUGGUUGAAGGACAAAAGCCAAAGGUGUCCAACUGGACAGUAAAAAGCUGCUCAGUGAUGUAAUAGUACAGUUAAGAAGCGGCACAGACAUUGGCGGUGGCAACGACCCAGUCGUGAUGGACAGUGUGCCUUCUACAACACUCGCUUAUCCGUCAACGGGGCCCGGAUGGCCGAUGAAAGCGGCACGGGGAGAACCAGCUACUGGUCUAAUUAGUGAAUGUGUCCUUUCAAAUGUUUUCAAGGGGGUUUAUUGUGUUUCUUCUGAUCUUUAGUAGCCUUUGUGAAACUAUUCCCAUAAUGUCUCUUGUCCUCUAGAUGUCACUGUAGCAUGACAAGUUGAGAGCACACAGGGUUCUUUGUAGUUGUUUCUAAGUGUUGGAAGGGUUUUGUUCUUUAUGUAAUGUUGUGACAGACUGAUGUCAAUAUUCAGCUCAACAAUAACUAGCAACUAAGACUGCACCAGAUAUUGUAUUUGGGGAAAUAGUUUAAAUAGGUGCAGACAUGAGAAUGUUUAGUGGUUUAAGACCAUCUCACCUUUAUUGUGUUGCUUUCAUAAAGGAAAACGUUACAUAUUAGAUAUUUGCUUUUUAAAGCUAGACUACAACUGGCAUCAUUAAUGUGUGUAUAUAUAAUGUGAUGUGAAUGAUUUUCUUCUUAUUCUAGACUAAUUUUCCUUCGACAACAAAGGAUAGAAACAUAAUGUCCAGGGUCAACAUGAACAUUCAAUCCAAAGAGGGUUGCAGAUAUAUCAUAAUAUAUUGUCAUCAUUGAACUAUGUAUCAUAUGAACUAGUUAACAUACCUCUUUGUAUUUAGUCAAAUACAAUAUCUUUCUUGUCAUGAAAGUGCGCUCACAUAGACAAUAAAGUGAUGGACAAACAAUUCAAAGUUCGGCUGUUUAUAAAGGUAUGUUUAAUAAACAUGGUCUUGCACUGUGCUGUA